UUCAUUCAACAUUAAAUUUCCUCUAAAAUUCAUUAAGCCUGUUUAAAAUUAUUCUUUUUGAAAUCCAGUUUUUAAGUUUAGCAAAAAAUACCUAGCGCAUCAGAUCUGUUACACCACUUCGAUCGAUGAAGAUUGCGUAGUGCUAUCUAGGGAGUGUAAAAGGAAACAUGUUAACAAAAUGGAAACGAAACAAGUUGCUUGUAGGUGGGGAAGUUUUAAAGGUUCGGGUCGGCAAUGGCGAUUACGGUAAUGUUUGUUGAUUGUGUGCAGUGACUAUAAUCUUGCGUUGAAUUAUCCGUCAUGAUUAUUUUGGUUCGGUGAGAUUCGGUUAUUUCGUAUGGUGUACAUCGUUUCGGAUGAAGCAUGAACUGUCAGGUAGACAAGGGUUCCAGCAAUUCAAAGUCCAAGGAUGUUGAUCUUCCAGACCUUAAGCCGUGUUGCUCGUCUCACAGUAUAUUAUGCCUGUCAACAAGUACAGGAGUCACGAUGCGGGAGAAGAAGGGAGGCGCCCUCAGUCGAGUGCAGAAGCUGAAGAAACGGCUGAGCCACAGUUUCGGCAGACUAUCGAUCUCCAAGGAGGAUGGCGAGGAAGGGUCCAACCGGGGCGCCAAGCUGCCCUACAACGGCUACUCGGACGAGUUCCUGGACCGGCUCGAACCCAACGGCAACAUCCCCAACGACAAGGACCUGCGAUACGACUGGGGCGGUCACGAGCGGGUCCACCGGCAGCUGUCCGUGUCCAGCGACUCCAAGCUGCUGGACGAGGACAUCCGCGAAGAGGCGCGCGUCAUCCUGCGGCCCAAGAAGCCGCCGCGGCCCAAGUCAGAGGUGUUCCUCAACAAGGAGCAGCAGAGGCGGACCAAGCGCUACUCCGCCUUCGGGGGCGAUUCCCCGUUCGGAAAGUCUGAGGCCUACAUCAAGCUGGAGCAGCUAGGAGAAGGCUCAUACGCAACCGUCUUCAAAGGUUACAGCAACCUGACUAAUCAAGUGGUGGCCUUAAAGGAGAUAAGACUUCAGGAAGAGGAAGGGGCCCCUUUCACUGCCAUUCGAGAGGCAUCGCUGCUGAAGGAGCUGAAGCACGCCAACAUCGUGACCCUGCAUGACAUUGUGCACACCAAGGAGACGCUCACUUUUGUGUUUGAAUAUGUGCACACGGACCUGUCGCAGUACAUGGAGAAGCACCCCGGCGGGCUGGACCACAGGAACGUGCGGCUGUUCCUCUUCCAGCUGCUGCGGGGGCUGGCGUACUGCCACCAGCGACGCGUGCUGCACCGCGACGUCAAGCCCCAGAACCUGCUCAUCAGCGAGAUGGGCGAGCUCAAGCUGGCCGACUUUGGCCUGGCGAGAGCGAAGUCCGUGCCUUCGCACACCUACUCCCACGAGGUGGUCACGCUGUGGUACCGCCCUCCGGACGUCCUUCUGGGCAGCACCGAGUACUCCACCUCGCUCGACAUGUGGGGGGUCGGCUGCAUCUUCAUCGAGAUGAUCACGGGCGUGCCGACGUUCCCUGGCGUCAGGGACACGUACGACCAGCUCGACAAGAUCUUCAAGAUACUCGGCACGCCCACUGAGGAAACGUGGGAAGGGGUGACACAUCUGCCCGGCUACAAGUCUCACAAGCUGGGCUUCUACCGGGGGCAGAAGCUCGGGCUGUCUUUCCCUCGACUCUACGACAUAGUGGAGGGCGAGAGCAUGGCUUCCUCGCUGCUGCAGCUGAACCCUGAUGAGCGGAUAGGAGCUGAGGAGGCAUUGAGACAUAACUAUUUCUCUUCGUUGCCUCGAAAACUGUACGAACUUCCAGAUGAUCGCUCUGCGGCUGUUUCCCCGCAGAGCAAUGCUCUGGCCGGUGCCGAAAGUGCUGACAGCAGCCCGACUGCGCUGGACCCCACACGCGACCAAACAUCCAUUUUCAGCGUCGAGGGCGUUCAUGUAUUUCCCGAAGGCCGAUCGUGCGGCAUAAAGACUUGAAGCGUGCCAACUUGAGUGACAUAAGUCUGUGGACUCUCUCGGAACUGAUUGGGGGUCGUGUCUUGUUCGUUUCCUGCAUCGAAGAAGCGCCCAGGGAAGACCAGUCAUCGAUGCAUUUCGUGCUGCAGCGCAAAGUUUUGACAUUUUGUGAUACGGAGGCGUCGUGAUGAGACUAGAAGCCCUGCCACUCACUGAGCGGAUCAUUUCAUUGACGAGAGCUAUUCACAUUUUACAUUGUUAGUUUGAUAUCUGUAAAAACAUUAUGUUGUAGUUUAAAGUUAACAUUUACAUAACAGCCAUUAGACAUGUCUGUUUUCUUGAAUUUAACCAGAAAGCAGCAAUUACCUAAUUUAGUUGCAGAACACGCAGUAGCAGAGGUAAAACGCCUCUCAUGAGGAACUGAUCAGACGUGAAUAUCAUAAAUGGGUUUUAUCAGUCAGCAAACAUUGUUAGGUUCAUCUUGCCACAGUUUUCGAUAGAUUUACCAUAUGUCUCUCGCCGAGUUGAUUUUACUGUCUUCAAAAAAUUAAUUGCAAGCUUAUAAUGUGCAACUGUAAUUAAUGCAUAAACCUGGCAUUUUAAAAUGUUUACAAACGUUAUUUUAAUAUGGUGCCUUCCAUGCAUAGUUGGGCAUGCUGUAAAGAUAGGAUUUAUUUGUGUUGAUUUUUGACUUGGGGAAAAAAAACUUAUUUUAUUUCAGUGUGAUACUUAUUUUAUGGUUAUGUUGUCAUCUUGCCAUAUUCAGAUUUUAUCAUGCCAAAAAUAAUUAAUUUGAAUUUGAAUUGUUUUAUUUGUAUAAUUCAUCCCACACAUUGUUUAUGGGUGGGAUAGUUUUAUCUGGAGACACGUGUAUGAAACAAAACUCUAAUUUAGUUUUGUGUUGAAUGAAUUUUUAGGGCUAUUGUAACCAUGUACCUAGAUCUGUUCUCAAAUUUUAAACUGAAAAUUUCUCACAACCAAGUUUUGUGAAUAAAAAUUUACAGCUUGUAUAUUUUAGUAGGGGAUAAUUUACGUACAGAGUAUGCAAGAGUUACAUUGGAGCUUAACUCUUUCAAAGAUGUAAACCACUGUAUUUUCUCAUUUGUUCACUGAUUCAAGAUAUUUUGUGUAAAAAAGAGCACAGAUCUUUUAUUUUAUGGGUGGAUUUUUCAAAAUACCCUAGAUAACAAACUGUAUAAAAUUAAUUAAUUCAUUUUUUACCUUCAAAAAACAAAUUUUUUUAGUGGAAAAUAAUUUUAUGUAUAGAAAUUUUUGAAAUGGAAGUGAUUAGAUGGACACUGUACUACGUUUCCAGAAAUGUACACACGCGUCUGGGUCCAGAGUAUCUCACUCUGUCUUGAAUAUCAAGCUUUUCAAUGCCAAAAAUUAAUUAAUUAUUUUUAAUUUAACUUUUUUUUAUAAUUUGUGAUACUACCAUGUUCAUACUAACCAUGUUGAGUGAUGCUGAUUGAACUGCAGUGUAAAUAUAAUUAAAGAGUCUGUGUAGUCAAUAGCAUUCUGCCAACUGCAAGUGAAGGCAACAUUCAUUAUUUGAUGAGUAGCUCCUGGUUUAUUGGACUGCUGUGAAGCUUAUUGUUUCCAUUAAAAGUUUUGCCGCAAACAUGAGCUGAACAUUUCAUCUCAUCGUGGUAAGACCUUGUCAUACUUUCCUACACUCACUGCAGUUCCACCAGUUUUGUUUUAUCUUGUGGGGAAGAUGAAAGAAAAGCUGACCAUUUAGUUUGGGGAAAAAAAACUUAAUUCUCUUGCUUGUAUUUUUUUUAAAUCUGUACUUGGUUUACAUUAAUUGAUAAGACCAUUUUUCGCACUAUCAAAUAACUGAUUAAAGUUGUAAAACUUCUGUGAAUUUACUUCAGUGAAUGUCUGCGUUAAAAGUUUUAAAUUUUGAUUUAUAGGCAUUUUACUUGCUAUUCAAGUUCACACAGUCAGUCAAUUCAUGACUAUCUAUUUUGCAGCAUAUCUGUGCCACCUAUAGGCAUAUAGAAUUAGUAAUUUGGUUCUAAAGAAAUUCCAGCGAAAAAAUAAAUUAAAUAACAAUGAAAAUUUAUUGAAUUAUUUUUGAGAUUAAUAAGUAGAUUAUACAGAAACAAAUGGAAAAACAGUGAUUAAAACUGCAGACGAGCUGUUUAAAAAUGACUCCAGUAACACUUUUGUCACCCCUUUUCUAGAAGAAGUUGAUUUUGACAGUCCUGGAAGUUAUACUGACUUUUCUCACACAUAUCUCUAUUCCCGUUGUAAGGCAACCCGAGUCGCAGUUAACAGUGUGGAAUGCAUAUUCUUCCCUUCAUCGCUCAUUUAUUUAUUACAUCUUUAUGGUUGUGCGGUUUCAUAGACGUGAAUGUUUCCAAAUGGACGGCUUCUGCUGUUUCACUGUGGUAAUUCUGCUCAUUGUUGAUAAAAGAAGUCAGUGCUUUGUUCAAAAACACGCACGUCUACGUACGUCAGCGAUACAAAUGCCGGGAAGGAGGGGAAAGGGACAGUGGGGUCGGACCAGGCUGACAUCAAUAUUUACAAUUUGAUAUUUUUUUUAGGUACGUGCAAAUUUUUUUCUCUCCGGGUGUUUCAAGUACAUCAUCGUCUUCAUUAUCAUCCGAAUCAAUUUUCGCUAAUGAAUUACACUUAGCUUGCUUGAUCUCCCCCCCCCCCUCCUCCUUACACACACACACACACACAAAUUAAUAUUUAAUUGAGAACCCGGUUAACCAAAUACCCGGUUAAUUGGGCAUUAACUUCUGAGCUCUUUUAAAGAUUCUUAAGCAACUUCACUGAAGUUGAGGUGUGAGGUGAACUGUUCAGCUUCAUGCAUUUGGGCCAGAGAAAGAAGCUAGCCAGGAUGUUCACUGCACCUGGUGCAAGUUCAGGAUCAGAUCGCAUCUGACGACACCUGGCCUUUGCCACAGCUCUCCGUGUUCAACAUCGAUGAUCCGUCGCCGUCGAUACCAGGAAGUCAUGUUGAAAGUGCUUGUUUCGACAAUCUUGUGGUUUGGUGAAUAAGGUAGAGAGUUGUCUUGUUCUUGUAAACACUUAAGGUUCAGUCUCACAUGCCAUGUUGAUUUUUUUUUUCAUUGUUUUAAGGGCUAUUUUUAAAUUAAAACUAAAUAUCUCCCUUGGGUUUGUGGUUCUGCCUCAAAUAUUUUCAAUAGAUAUUCACUUAGUAUAGUAUCAUGCAUGUAAAAAGACACGCAAGUUGUGGUAAUUAUAAAGACUUGUGUGCUUGUUUACACCCAUGAUAAUACACUAAGUGAAGAUCCAUUAGAAAUAUUUGUGACAGAUAAACAAAACAUGAUGACAAAGAAAAAAAAUAGAAAAGUAGUUUGUGAGAUGAGUCUUAAGUCUGGGUGAGAAAUGUUCAUAAAUAAGAGAGAAUAUGCUAUUUUUCUGAUACCAUUGCUCUUAUUCACAUGUACUUUAGUUGUAAAUUUCAUGAUAUGUAAAUAAUUAAAUCUGCAUUACAUUUUGGAUUAGUAAUUAAGGGGCAGCAUAAAGCUACUGUGGUGUACACAAUUUGGUUGACAGUUUGAUAGUUUCAAAUCAUUGAUAAGUAACUGAUCAAUUAUUUUUUAUUAAGUUACAAAAUGCCACUUUGUGUCUAAAUUAUAGAUUGCUUACAUAGAACCGUUGCAAUAAGUACACCUUAUAUAACCUUUUACAAUAUUAUCCAUCAAUAUUAGUUGCUCUUGCGGUUAUUACAUUUCAUGUGUUCGCCUACCCAGCACAAAACUGAGUAUUAAGUGCACAUUUUUACUGGAAUCAAGUAAACAUGUUUUUGUAAUUGUUUGCACGUAAAGAUAAACAUCUUCAGUCUAUGCUAAUGUAUACUUUCAAAACAUUUAGCAUUUGGUAAUUAUUUAUUUGAUGCCCUUCAUCAUGGUAAACCUUGCGUGUAGAGGCAACUUGGCACUAAUUUUGCGUGUGAGAGUCGCCCUUAGUGCUUCCUUGCCCAGGCAGACGGGCCCUUGGAUAUGAUGUGCAGAAUUCAGAUGUUUGUCCAGUGGAUUCAGUAGCUGCUACAGCAAUAACAAUGGGUCUUUAAUCCGGCCUUUUGUGAUUCUGCCCAUUCUGUGAUCUGCCACCAAUUGAAACGCUCACAUUCAGAUUUUUUUCAGGGUGUAUUCCAGCCAUUGACCUUGGCUGUCAGGUUGCAUUGCUGCACUGCCUGCGUUCUUAGUUUGCUCAUAGUUUUUCGUUACUAGCUGUUUUUAUUACAGUACACUGUUUCCUGUUAUUUAUUUAGCAUGUUUCUUUCACAUUUGUGAUUUGGUAUUCCCUUUAAAACUAUUUUGACAUACUAUUAUCAGGCAAAAUCUCCAAUCCAGCAUGAUUGUGUACCUGAAAUUGCAGUUAGUUUUACAAAGCUGUGCACUGUGUAUCAGCAAAUAGUAGUAAACCGUGUCAUAUGAAUAUCAAAUCGUUAUAACCAGAUCACGUGUACACCAAAGUUUAGGCUAAAAUUUCUUGACAACUUUUAUUGUGUACAUUUUACUGUAACUUAUGUGCCAAAUAUUAAACUUUACCUUUGUUGUUUUUUUUUUUAAUUUAAAUUAUUUCAUUACAUUUAUUACAUUGUAUUUGAAUAGUUUAGAUGUUUCAUACUUAAAACUAUGUAAACAUUUUCUUUAAGUGGCUUUAUCACCUAACAUUUCACUAUAUAAUUUCUUUUUAUAAUUUUCCAUCUCAUUGGGUGCACAUUUUAACUUUGUUGUCUUUAUGCUUGUGAAAGUUUAUUUUCAUUCAUUGGAUUUCCUCUAUUAUUUCAAAAUAAGUAAGUUUCUUGUGAUGAUCUUUGUAGAGAAUAUAAGAAAGGUAGCUCCAAAAGCAUAACAAAUACCAGACAUCUACAGUGUUUUUGUUCAAAAACAUGGCACUGUUUUUUUAACACCAGUUCAAUAGUUGCAGAAUAAAUGUCCAGUAUCAACAUUGUGUGUGGUUUUUUUUUAUUAUUUUUUAAAUUUUAGUUAUGAUACUAACAUUAAGACAGUGAAGACAUUUUUAUUACCCAUUAGCAGAACAAUUUUUAUUUUAUACAAAUGUAUGGUAAAAAUAAGCCUCCAAUGCUUCAAAUUUCCUAAAAGUUGGAAAAAAUGUUUCUCGUCAGUUAAUAAAACACAUAGUUAAAAAAAUUUUGUUUAUAACAUUUUGUAGUAAAGUGUUAUUUGUUGCAUUCUCACUGUUUUGAUGGCAUAAAACUAUCCAGUAUUGGUUUCUGGCAUAUUUAAUGAAAUUAUAAGAAGCUAAUUAAAUUUUUUUUUACAUUUUAUCUUUGCUGCACCUGCUAUGUACUUUACAUUAAAUGCCAGGUACAUAAUUUUGUUAAAAACAUUGCUCUAGGGAAAUUUAUGUUAAAGCCCCUACUAAGAUUAAUGUAAAUUGUUUUGAAAUAGCUUUUGAAAUUUUUUGUGAACUUUAGACUUGAAUAAUACUGUGUUUCAGUGAAAUCAAAAUUUUUUUAUUGUUUAUUGUAGUCUAGGUGGUCUGCUGCUCAAUUCCUUCUUGCCGUUUGAAUAAAAUGAUCUUCCUGUUGCCAUCCGAAUAAGUCAACUUUAAAAUUAUGCCUGUGAUAGCUUACAAACAAAUUAAUGGUGACAUUGAAAUACAUUUACCAAAUGUCAAGGUCUUAUGUUUGUUGAAUUUCAUUGCAGCUGUCCAUAAUGUUUUCAAUUUAAAUUGUAUGUACUGUUUGUUAGACAUUGUAGAUGUUUAUUUUAGAUGAAUAGGUUUGACUAAAUUUAAGAUCUAAAACUAAGCAUCAUAGCUAGAUUAAACAUUUUCAAAACUAAAUCAUUAGUUGCAAAAAGCAUGGUAUUUAAUAAUGUAAUACAGUAAAUUUUAGGUAAAUGCCAGUAGUUCUUGCUUUCAUAUUGUUCUGUAAACAUUUUGUAUGUAUAGAAAAUGAAACAGCAUUUCAAAAUGUUUACUUGUUUUUGCAUACUAAACACUGUUUUAUAAAACUGCACUUUUUGUGAAUAUGUAUUUUGUGGUGCCAAAUUAGAAUUUUUUUUUUAUUUUUGUCAAACUUUUGCAUUUCUUGCAUUGAAAUCUGUGAUUUUUGGAGCGAUGAAGGAGAAGAAUGUAUUGUUCUGUAGUACUGUAACUAUGUGAUGUGUGUUAUAACAUAUUUAUGAUAAGCUUGUGGUUUUUGUAAUCCUUGGAUUUUCGGCCACUGAGUGUAUAUAAAUAGUUGGGAUUUCUGUUCCAUAAAGACUGCUAGUUACACUUAAGUUUGAACUUAAAAACUGGUUUAAGUGUGUGUUUAAACUGUGUCAAAUGUAAAUUAGUAUUUAUUUUUUUACUAACCUAACUAAAAAUAAGUGUAUUUGGGAGGCGUCUAGGUAGGGAAGACUCAAGUGCAUCUCAAACUAAAGCGUAUAUGCCUAAUCAUGCAGUGUUUCAGCCAUGCAAGAGGAGUAACAUGCAUCAUGUGUUAGGUGGGGAUUGGCCAGCCAUGGUAGCGAAUGAUGCCAACCUAUAAUUAAGAGAAAAGUAAGUCUUACAGCUCGGUGACGUAACAGGUCAUUACAUUCGACUUGCCAUACCUACGUGUAAUUAAUAGUUUUUGAACUUAGGUUUUGAGUGAAAGCUAAGAAUAUGAUGUAGUUCAUAUUAAUUAUUACAAAGAAACACAUGAAAAUAUUUUUAGUGUUAAAAAUUAAUGUAGUUUAGAUUCAUGGGUCCAUAUCAACUAUACAAUCCCCUGAAUGGCUAGCAAUGGUAGUAUAGAGUUACCUAUUUACAUAGUACCAAAGUUUAUAGAGACCUAGUGAGUGACUUAGGAAUAUAAUCGAGCGUGUAUGUUGUGUCACUUUUCAGGUUUCACCAUUUUAAAAUUGUCAUUUUGGAGAAGUUUAAUGUGUGGUUUGUAAUAUGUGUAAGCGUCUGCUGGUGAAAUUUUUCUAGAAUUCUAAAACCACAACCUUAUCAUAAACAUGAUGUAUGUUCCAAACAGAAUACAUUCUAUAUGAUUGUUGUAAUGACGUUGUUAGUUACUGUGAGAAAAAAAAAAAUUAGAAUACGUGGAGGCAUAGAUAAACAAUUUAUUGUAGAGAGUUUUAAUUUUGGACUGACAAAUUUACUUAGCAAUUUCAAAGUUUUCUUGUUACAAAUAUAGUUCUUUGUGAAAGUUGAUCAUGGAUAUUGGUAUAUUAAAUUGAAAUUCAUUACUGUUAGUUUGAAGAAUGAGGUCAUAAGCUACGUACAGGAAACAAACUUUUUUUUUUUUUUCGAUUUCUAAUGUUGAAGUGUAUUUCUCAAGCUGUUAGAAUUUCCAUGUUAGACUGUGUUGCGCAAUACUUUUAUGCUAGGCAGCAUAGCAAGACCGCCAGUAAACGAGAGCUAAGAGCACUGUUUCCCAAUGCACCAACCCCAUCCUGAAGUUUCGUCCAGUUUUGAUGAUAGCUAUGUUGUGAUCUAUCGCAGCUUCUGUGAAUUAUGCAAUGCUCUUGUCAUUUUGCACGAUUAGAGAUUGUUUGCAUUAUAAUAAAUAAUUAGGUAAAUUAUCAUAUUAUAAUGUAUUUAUAUUAUGAAGAAUUAAAAAUUGUACAUAGUUUGUGUUGUUUAUAUUGCUACAAUAAGAUUUAAUGAUAAAUAAACAUCUCUUUGUAAUACA